UUCUCAUGAAAAAACAAGUGGGGUAGUGGGAAUGUUGGUUUAGUUUUGGGCAAAAAAUUGAACUUCCAAUAUAAAUAAAGUAUACCGCACUCAUGAUUACACCUCUUGGUGGAGUCUCAAUUUCUCCUCCCGUCCGCUUUAUCACCUUCAAACCGACGAAAAGCUUGUUGCCCUUUUUCUCAAUCCGAAAGGGGAAGUGUUUGUCGUACUUUUCUCUCUUCUCCCUUACUCCUCGAAGGAUGCCUCGCGCUUCAUCGAAGAAAACGGGGCAAUCUAAUUCUACCGCUGCUAACGCCUCUGGCGAUCUCUUCCGCUCCGUUUCAAAUAAAGCUAGUUCAAAGGAGUUGGAAAGAAUUGAUCACUUGUUCUAUACUUAUGCCAAUAGAUCGUCCGGUGUGAUUGAUCCAGAUGGUAUAGAGACGUUGUGUUUAGACAUGGAAGUCGAUCAUACUGACGUCAGAGUAUUAAUGCUUGCUUGGAAAAUGAGUGCUGAGAAACAGGGUUACUUCACUCUGGAGGAGUGGCGGAGAGGCCUCAAGGCUUUGAGGGUUGAUACAAUUGCAAAAUUAAAGAAGGCACUUCCUGAGCUUGAGAAAGAGGUUAAAAGGACAUCAAAUUUUGUAGGCUUCUAUCAGUAUGCAUUCCGUUACUGUUUGACAGAGGAAAAGCAGAAGAGUAUAGACAUUGAAAGCAUUUGUCAAUUGUUGGAUCUUGUACUAGGAUCUCAAUUCAGAGCCCAAGUUGAUUACUUUGUUGAAUACUUGAAGGCGCAGAAUGAUUACAAGGUCAUAAACAUGGAUCAAUGGAUGGGAUUUUACCGAUUCUGCAAUGAGAUAAGUUUUCCAGACUUCAGCAACUAUGAUUCAGACCUUGCUUGGCCAUUGAUCCUGGACAACUUUGUUGAUUGGAUGAAAGCAAAGCAGAGCUUGUAAUGCCCAUCAGCAAAUAUUCUGCUGUCAAAUCGAAUGUUUUUGUGGAGGUACAAACAAUUUUAUGCAUUGCAACAGAAGAGCCAUCGUAAAUCAGAGUUUACUCAUGCUUAUUCUUGAUGUGAAAUAGCAGGAUUUUGAAUGGUACCCAUUUUAAGCCACAGCAAUACAUCCCGCCUCCAUUAUUAUUGUUCAAUUUGCAAACCUGACUCAUGGGAGAUGUACUUGUUGAAUAUUUUUGACAUAUAGUCGUUUCAUCUGUUGUGCCUAAAUUUUUUUUUUUUUUUUUUGUUUCACUCAUUGUUUUUACGGUUGGUAUUCAUGAUGCUUUUUAAAAGAGUAAAGAAAAAAGAAAUGAUGUACUCAACAAUUGUUUUUUGGUAUUUUAGCAGUUGUAUCAUAUGUGAUAAUGAACUUG